UGGUUCUGUUUAUGCUACUGUAACAGUAUAACUUUAGUCCGUCCCCUCCGCAGGGCUUGAACCAGGGACCCUCUGCACACAUCAACAACAGUCACCCACGAAGCAUCGUUACCCAUCGCUCCACAAAAACGGCGACACUUGCAGAGCAGGGGGAACUACUACUUGCAGAGCAAGGGGAACUCAGAGCAGGUAACGUCACCGAUCGAAACGCCACCAGCUCACACCACGGCUAACUAGCUAGCCAUUUCACAUCGGUUACACUACCUACCCUUCAGGCUUAUUGAGAAGUGCAAUCCGUAUUUAUUUUGUCUCCUUCAGUAGUGUGGUCUUCCUACAGCAUGUUCUUGUUCCAAGUUGCUGCACGUGCCUGAUUUCCAGGAAGUGUAUAAGUACCCAAACCUGCCAGAGUACUUGAAGGACAGAGUGGUCUACAAUUUAUCAGCGAACAGGAAAGAAAACCUCUAUCUCCCCGUCGCUCUGCCUGGGGACUCCAUGGAAAAGUACACUCUGACUAAGCUAUAAACAGACAGUUCAUUACACACUGACUAAACUAUAGCCAGACACCUCAGUUCAGUUAUCGACUCAAUGGAAAGAGGGAAAGUAUUAAAGUAAGACGUAUGGACAUAACAUCUCUCAUCCACAAGAGGGCAUAUUUCCACAACCCAGGAGAGCUUUUAUAAAGAAAUCAGGCUCAUGUUGGCUACAGCUGCCAUCUUGGAUCAUGUUGCAUCAGCUAUGGAAGGAACAUAGCUCUCCAACCUUCAGUGUGAACUGAACCCCUAAAGGAACAUCACUGAAGUUGACAUUUCUGUCUGUCUGAUUCAUAAAGAUCAGAAAACUACAUUUUCACACCGCACCUUCAACUUUGUUUAUGAGGGGUAGGGUAAAGUCCAAUAAGCCCUUAAGGUGUGCCUCCUGUAGAAAACUGAGACAAAAGAAACUGGACUGACAUUGAGCAUUUGUGAGCCACAAAGAGUCAAAGAAAAACAGACAUUUCAACCUGAAGACCGGAGCCCUAGGACCAUGUCUCAGGACGACCUGGCCUGAUGACUCCUUGCUGUCCCCAGUCCACCUGGUCAUGCUGCUGCUCCAGUUUCAACCUUUCUGCCUGUGGCUAUGGAACCCUGACCUGUUCACCGGACGUGCUACCUGUCCCAGACCUGCUGUUUUCAACUCUCUAGAGACAGCAGGAGAGUAGACAACCAGUGAAGAGACGGAUGACUUUGUGCUGAGGUGUGACCUUUCCUGGGAGCAAAAUGGAGUCUGAUCAAAAUGCUGAGUUGGUGGAUGAACACAGGUCCCAGCUCAUUCAGAGGGUCACCAUGGUGAUGUCUAUAGCUGAUGAGCUGCUUGCUGAAGGCAUGAUUCAUAAAGAGAUGUACUCCAACAUCAGUGCUGCCAGAACUGAUGAGGACAAAAUGAGGGAGCUCUUUAAAGCCCUCCACUCUGGAGGAAACAAAGUGAAAUCUGCCUUUCUCUCCAUACUGAGGGAGAAUGAACCUAAUCUGGUCCAGGAUUUGGAAUCCCACAUCAAACAAGGAGAUCAACAAGAGAACAAAAGCACAAUAAGCCUAAAGUACAAGGAAUUCAUCAGAGGUGAAUAUGCCACAGUGCAGGAGUACAACUCUCUCCCUGGAGAACAUGUGAAGCUAGAUGAUCGCUACACUGAGCCCCUGAUCAUCCAGAAACACCGUCAGCAGAGAGAGAGAGAGGAGGAGAUCCGCUCCAGAGGACAGAACUUUCAUCACGUCAUGGACCAGAGGGACAGCGAGGCCUACAAGAGUACCAAAGUGGAGAGGCUGUUUGAUCCAGACGAGCACGGAGACAUUCAGAGAACAGUGAUACUGCAGGGCCACUCUGGAACUGGCAAGUCAUUUACCAGUCAGAAGAUCAUGUCUGACUGGGCCUUUGGAAGACUUUACGAAGACCGAUUUGACUUUGUUUUUCACCUGAGGUGCAAAGAACUGAACCAGGCCACUGGGAGAAAAAGUCUGAUGGAUCUGCUUGACUACGAUCAGGGUUCAUCAUCAAUGAUCAAUCAGGUCCUUCACCAGUCUCCUGAGAGGGUUCUCUUCCUGGUGGACGGCUUUGAUGAACUCAAAUUCUCACUUGAUGUACCUAAAGACUCCCUUCCCAGGGACCCGUGGACACAAUGCUCCCCCGAAGUGACACUGAGUGGCCUGAUACGGAAACAGAUAUUGCACGAGUCCUUCCUGCUUGUUACCACCAGGUCCACAGCGUUGGUCAAACUGAUUGGAGUGGUCAAACAUCCAGUGAGAUACGCUGAGAUAUUGGGCUUUUCUGAGGAAGGCGUGAAGGUCUACUUUGAGAAGUUCUUCAAACAGAAGCAACUCUCACAGCAAGCCUAUGACUUUGUGAGGGAAAAUGAAACCCUUUUCACUGCAUGUUUCAUUCCAGUCAUCUGCUGGAUCAUUUGCACAGUUUAUAGGGAGCAGUUUGAUGAAGGCACAGAGAUGAUACAAUCGCUGGAGACCACCACCUCCAUCUUUGUUGAAUUUGUUGACACUCUGUUGAAGCACCACUGUCAGGAUUUGGGUCAGUCAGCUCUUACUAUCCUCCAAGGACUAGGCAAGCUGGCAGAAAAGGGAAUGGAAGAGCAGCAAGUCUUAUUUGACCAUGAUAGUGUGUCACAGACAGUGUCAGAUCCUUCCAAAGUCCCCUUCUUGUGUAUGUUUCUCCAAAAGAAGAGAGCAAGUCAGACCACUAUGUACAUGUUCAUGCACCUCAGGUUCCAGGAGUUUUUCACAGCCCUCUCAUACAUGUCACUGGGUGAUGAGGAAGCUCAGGGGAAAGUUAGAGAGCUACUUUCUAAGGUUCGAUGUGGACCGCAACACUUUCACCUCCUGCCCAUUGUUCAAUUUCUCUUUGGCAUCUUAAACAAGGAAGUUGCAAAACGACUGGAGGAAAAACACAUCUCUUGUUCUCAAGGAAUCUGGACCCAGCUCAAACAUUUUAUUCUGGAAGUCAUUGAAAAAGGAAAGGAGGAUCAAAUCGUUAGACGUACAAUGCAGCUUUUCACGUUUCAUUGUCUAUAUGAGCUUCAUACAGAUGAUUUUGUUAAAGAAGCCAUGGAAACAUACACAGACAUUAAUAUGUCAGGAAGUCCCCUGAAGAAAACAGACUGUUGGGUGUUGAUGUAUUGUCUUCAGCAUUGCAAGUCUAUCGAAUGUCUUGAACUGAGUGGGUGCAAUUUAACUGCAGAGAACAUGAAAAUCCUUCUGCCAGCGUUGCAGAAAUGUAAAGCUCUUGUGUUGCAGGUGGAUGACCUAGCCGAUGAUGAUUUAGAUGGUCUGUUGACAGCGCUGGGAGAAGGAAAGAGUUUGGAGCUGGAUCUGCGUAACACCAACUUCUCUGAUGAGAAAGUACAGGACUUGCUCGUUGCUCUCACUAAACACAAAACCAGAAAAGUUCAAACUGGAGUGAAGUCCAUCACCAGAAAUACAGCUGACAAAUUCAUGUCCCUCAUCAGUAAGGCACAUGGAGUCUUGGAUCUGAUAAAGCUUCAUAGUUGUGGGAAUGUUGCAUUGAGUGUCCAGCUUCAGAAAGAUGGAGUGAGAGCUCCCCAAAUUAUUCUUUGGUUAAAAGUGCCAGAGAUGAAAAUGAUCUGUGACUCUAUCAGAACAUCUGGCUACAGUUUGACUGGAGUGAAGUUGAGAGUGAGGCAGGUGGCUGACGAGCGCCCAUUCCUCUACCCUACAAACAAUUGUAGGUUAAUGUUACACAUAGACUGGCCUCUCAGAUGCGGCGUAGAGCGUGAAGGUCAACAGCACUCAGCACUCAGCAGCAUUGAGAUGUCCCUAUACGACGAUGAUGUAUUUGACUGGAGACGCAUCCAUCAGCUAUGUCAAACUCUGAAGCAUAAGCCAGAGUGGGAUGAGCAUGCUGAUGAACUGAUCUCGCUGCUACACUCUCAAACCUCUCUGGGUGAAAUAGUUCUGUUGGUGAGCAGCUUGACAGAGAGGUGUGCUGCCAGUGUAAUCCGUCUCAGUCAGGCCUGUUCCAAGCUGAAGGACAUAAUCCUUCAAGUAAACGGUUUCUUAUUGGAAGAAGGAAUACAAUGCUUACGUGAAUCAAAGAGGCGCCCAGAUUGCCAGUUACUUCUCUUGGGGAGGAGAUGCAGGAAGCUUGCUGACCAGUGCUCUGAGGAGAAGGACAAGAGGCUCAGUUGUAAUGACAACGUUUUACUCGCUCUACAUGGAGAAUCAUUCAUAGAGAUUGUGUUAAGGCGUGGGAACGAAAACGAUAGUGAUGACACGUGGAAUGGGAACGAAAACGAUAGUGAUGACACGUGGAAUGGGAACGAAAACGAUAGUGAUGACACGUGGAAUGGGAACGAAAACGAUAGGCCGAGAGAUGAUAUAAAGUGUAAAGGGUGUUGUGUUGUUGGAUAUGCAGGAGACAAGCAGCGUUUCUCUGAACCUCUCAUAUUCCCUGGGUUUCCGCUUGUGUUCCUCUGUCGCUCAGUUGAUGCUGAGUUGGUGGAUGAACACAGGUCCCAGCUCAUUCAGAGGGUCACCAUGGUGAUGUCUAUAGCUGAUGAGCUGCUCGCUGAAGGCAUGAUUCAUAAAGAGAUGUACUCCAACAUCAGUGCUGCCAGAACUGAUGAGGACAAAAUGAGGGAGCUCUUUAAAGCCCUCCACUCUGGAGGAAACAAAGUGAAAUCUGCCUUUCUCUCCAUACUGAGGGAGAAUGAACCGAAUCUGGUCCAGGAUUUGGAAUCCCACAUCAAACAAGGAGAUCAACAAGAGAACAAAAGCACAAUAAGCCUAAAGUACAAGGAAUUCAUCAGAGGUGAAUAUGCCACAGUGCAGGAGUACAACUCUCUCCCUGGAGAACAUGUGAAGCUAGAUGAUCGCUACACUGAGCCCCUGAUCAUCCAGAAACACCGUCAGCAGAGAGAGAGAGAGGAGGAGAUCCGCUCCAGAGGACAGAACUUUCAUCACGUCAUGGACCAGAGGGACAGCGAGGCCUACAAGAGUACCAAAGUGGAGAGGCUGUUUGAUCCAGACGAGCACAGAGACAUUCAGAGAACAGUGAUACUGCAGGGCCACUCUGGAACUGGCAAGUCAUUUACCAGUCAGAAGAUCAUGUCUGACUGGGCCUUUGGAAGACUUUACGAAGACCGAUUUGACUUUGUUUUUCACCUGAGGUGCAAAGAACUGAACCAGGCCACUGGGAGAAAAAGUCUGAUGGAUCUGCUUGACUACGAUCAGAGUUCAUCAUCAAUGAUCAAGCAGGUCCUUCACCAGUCUCCUGAGAGGGUUCUCUUCCUGGUAGACGGCUUUGAUGAACUCAAAUUCUCACUUGAUGUACCUAAAGACUCCCUUCCCAGGGACCCGUGGACACAAUGCUCCCCCGAAGUGACACUGAGUGGCCUGAUAUUGAAACAUAUCUUACCCGAGUCCUUCCUGCUUGUCACCACCAGGUCCACAGCGUUGGUCAAACUGAUUGGAGUGCUCAAACAUCCAGUGAGAUACGCUGAGAUAUUGGGCUUUUCUGAGAAAGGCGUGAAGGUCUACUUUGAGAAGUUCUUCAAACAGAAGCAACACUCACAUCAAGCCUAUGACUUUGUGAGGGAAAAUGAAACCCUUUUCACCGCAUGUUUCAUUCCAGUCAUCUGCUGGAUCAUUUGCACAGUUUAUAGGGAGCAAUUUGAUGAAGGCACAGAGAUGAUACAAUCGCUGGAGACCACCACCUCCAUCUUUGUUGAAUUUGUUGACACUCUGUUGAAGCACCACUGUCAGGAUUUGGGUCAGUCAGCUCUUACUAUUCUCCAAGGACUAGGCAAGCUGGCAGAAAAGGGAAUGGAAGAGCAGCAGGUGUCAUUUGACCAUGAUUGUGUCUCACAGACAGUGUCAGAUCCUUCCAAAGUCCCCUUCUUGUGUAAGUUUCUCCAAAAGAAAAGAGUAAGUCAGACCACUAUGUACAGCUUCAUGCACCUCAGCUUCCAGGAGUUUUUCACAGCCCUCUCAUACAUGUUACUGGGUGAUGAGGAAGCUCAGGAGAAAGUUAGAGAGCUACUUUCCAAGGUUCGACUUGGAAAAGAAAACAGUCACCUGCUACCCAUAGUUCAAUUUCUCUUCGGCAUCGCAAACAAGGAAGUGGGAAAACGUCUAGAGGAUAAAAAACACAUCUCUUGUUCUCAAGGAAUUUGGACCCAGCUCAAACAUUUUAUUCUGGAAGUCAUUGAAAAAGGAAAGGAGGAUCAAAUCGUUAGACGUACAAUGCAGCUUUUCACGUUUCAUUGUCUAUAUGAGCUCCAUGCAGAUGAUUUUGUUAAAGAAGCCAUGGAAACAUACACAGAUAUUCAUCUGACCGGGACUCCCAUGACAAACACAGACUGUUGGGUGUUGAGGUAUUGUCUUCAGCACUGCAAGUCCAUUGAAAGUCUUGGUCUGAGUGGGUGCAACUUAACUGCAGAGAACAUGAAAAUGCUUUCACCAGGGUUGAGAAAAUGUAAAGAUCUUGUGUUGCAGGUGGACGACCUCGCCGAUGAUGAUUUAGAUGGUCUGUUGACAGCGCUGGGAGAAGGAAAGAGUUUGGAGCUGGAUCUGCAUAAGACCAACUUCUCUGAUGAGAAAGUACAGGACUUGCUUGUUUGUCUCACUAAACACAAAACCAGAAAAGUUAAAAUUGGAGUGAAGUCCAUCACCAGAAAUACAGCUGACAAAUUCAUGUCCCUCAUCAAUAAGGCACAUGGAGUCUUGGAAAGCAUAGAGCUUCAUAGUUGUGGGAAUGUUGCUUUGAGUGGCCAGCUACAGAAAGAUGGAGUGAGAACUCUCCAAACUCAUCUUAGGUUGAAAGUGUCAGAACUACGAAUGAUCUGUGUCUUCAUCCGAGCAUCUGGCUACAGUUUGAGUGAUGUAGAGUUGACUGUGCGCUGUGUGGCUGACCUUUCAGACACUGACGUGGAUGACCUGCUUGCAAUCAUCCUCCCUGUAGACAAAUUAAGGUUUACUAUUGAACACAACGAUUUUAAUGAUUGCGAUAGUUGGAGUGACGUUUUACAGUUCCAGUCAGCAGUCGGAAGCAUUGAAUUAACCCUAUCUGACAAUCCUGUAUUUGACUUGAGAAGCUUCUUUCAUCUAUUUCACACUCAACAUCCAGAGUGGGAUGAGCAUGUUGAUGAACUGAUCUCGCUGCUUCACCAUGACACCUCUCUGGAGGAAAUAACUCUGAUGGUGAGCAGCAUGACAGAGAGGUGUGCUACCAGUGUAGUCCGUCUCAGCCAGGCCUGCCCAAACCUAACGACGAUAUUCGUUAAUGUAAUCGGUUUCUUAUUGGAGGAUGGAAUACAAUGCUUACGUGAAUCAAAGACGCUCCCAGACUGCACGUUAGUCGUCACAGGGCAGAGAUGCAGGAAGGCUACAGUCCAGUGUACUGACAGGAAGGACUGGAUGCGCAGUUGUAAUGAAUUUGUUCAGUGCACUUUAGAAGGAGAAACAUUCUCAGAGACAGAUUGUGACGAUAGUCCAUGUUGUAAUAUUCUAUAGUGACCAUGACAAAAGCCCUGUUUAUACCUGGAGCUAACAUCCUGUGUCCUGAUCUUCUCCACAUUCUGAUUGUGUCCACAUUUUCAGAAACAUGUCUACACAUAGAUAGUAUUAAAAUGUGUCUCAUCUAUCUGUCCACUGCAUUGUGACAAGAUUUCUGGUCCCUCACUGUAUGCAAAUUGUUUCACAGUCUUUCAAAAUAACAAAAUAAUAAAUAUUGUUUAAAAGACACAUAUUGAUGGCAUAAGUGAGUGGUGAAAGAAAUUAUUUAAAAUGUCUGAUUCACUCUGAAUCUACCAUCUUAGAAGUCAUUUGUGUGACUUCAAAAUGAGAGCCAUUGUACAAAACAAAUUCAACAGUGAUUGGAUUGUCUCUAAUAAAUCUAACCAAUCAGAGUAUCGAAGUUGAUGACAUCACCAUCUCUGGCCAAACCCAUUGGUUUCUGGGACCAAUCAGAACAGUCAGUUUGGCUGGAGCUAAGUGGAUGGGUAGCCAGGUAAACGAUCAAACCCAUUGUAACAUAUUGUUGUGGGACAUUGCGACUGCACUGUUGGAGGUAAGAACACAAGCAUUUCACUACACCCGCAAUAACAUCUGCUAAAUAUGUGUAUGUGGCCAAUACGAUUUGAUGCCACUCUCACACACCCCAACACACACCUGUACAAAUGCAUGCAUAGACACACACACACACACACUGUACAAACACACGCACACACGUGCAUACUCAAAAUGUCAUAUGUUAUUCGAGGCAUAAAAUGCUGAAAUUUGUUAGAAAUAUCCUUGAUCAAAGAACGGCAUUCUAAGACUGUGUACUAUAUUGCUUCAUUUCCUGAUAUAAAAUAAAUAAACUACAAGCAAACAUGGUGCCAACCAAACCCAUACUGUGUGACAACCAACCCUGGGAAAGGACUGGUUGUCAAGUGGACAGAGUGUCCACUUGAUGGCUUACAACUCCAUGUUGGAAUAAGAUAUGAGAAAAGGGUGCCCAUUUCAACUCAAGACCUUGAUGUUUCUCUUAAUAUUGAAAAUACUCUUGUAAGAUAUACUGAUGCUGAAAAAUACACACCAGGGUGAAAAGUGUGACAAGCAACCCCGGUAUCCCCUAUAGCGUUCUGGCAGUCGAUGACAGUGCACGCAACCAUUGGUUGAUGCAUGCAACGUCUGAGCAGGGGAACCGGACCAAACACUGGGUAGAGAUUGGGGAACGAUUACUCUUUCACAGAUUUAACGAUGCGCUGAGCAAAUUCACAGCCAUGCAUCAACUCAACUACUUCCUGUUCGAUCCCUACAAUUAACCAACAUCUGACCAAAUCAGAAUACAGCAGAUUAGUUGCUAGGUAGAAAAUGUGUUAACACUUCAAUUCACAACUAGUUCUUCAUAUUUUAGAAGCAGCGACUAAGAAUAUAAUAUUUCUCAUAGUAAUCCUACAUAUGAACUCAGCAAAAAAAGAAACGUCCUCUCACUGUCAACUGCGUUUAUUUUCAGCAAACUUAACGUGUAAAUAUUUGUAUGAACAUAACAAGAUUCAACAACUGAGACA